UACAAGUGUAUUUUUUUGGCUAUUAAAGGCCAAAACUUCACACAAGUUUUUCAUUCCAUUACUUCAGACGCAAGAGAGGGAAAGAUAGUGUAAAUUACGGUAGAGGGAGAAAAAGAAAGAGGUGACCAUGGCCACUCUUUGUGUACCAUCUGUGGUUCCUUCUCCUGUUGAGGACGCUGAGCAACUCCGCAAAGCUUUUGAAGGAUGGGGGACAAAUGAGGGUUUAAUCAUAUCCAUAUUGGCCCACAGGGAUGCUCAUCAACGCACACAGAUUAGGCAGGCAUAUUCUGAUGCUUAUGGAGAAGACCUUCUGAAAGCACUAGACAAAGAGCUUACAAGUGACUUCGAGAGGGCUGUACUUCUAUGGACAAUGGAACCUGCAGAGCGUGAUGCAUAUUUAACUUAUGAAUCCACAAAGAGGUUCACCUCUAACCAAUGGGUUCUUGUCGAAAUUGCAACUACUAGGUCUACUCAUGAACUGUUUUUAGUGAGGAAGGCAUAUCAUGAUCGUUACAAAAGAUCCAUUGAAGAGGACGUCGCUUAUCAUACACAUGGAGACAUCCGCAAGCUUCUGCUGCCUCUCGUGAGUUCAUUGCGAUACGAGGGAGAUGAGGUGAACACAACAUUGGCAAAGGCAGAGGCUAAGAUUCUCCGUGAAAAGAUCACGGAUAAGGCCUGUAAUGACGAUGAUUUCAUUAGGAUUCUCAGCACCAGGAGUAAGGCACAGCUCAAUGCAACUCUCAAUCACUACAACAAUUCAUAUGGAAACUCCAUCAACAAGGAUUUGAAGGCUGAUGGUUCAAAGGACGAAUACUUCAAAUUACUGAGAUCAGUAAUUACGUGCUUGACCACUCCUGAGAAGUACUUUGAGAAGCUUUUGCGCCAAGCCAUCAACAAGGUUGGGACCGACGAAUGGGCCCUUACCAGGGUUAUCACUACCAGAGCAGAGGUUGAUCUGUGUCGUAUCAAAGAGGAAUAUCAUCGAAGGAACAGCGUUCCUUUGGCAACUGCAAUUGCCAAAGACACCACUGGAGACUAUGAGAAACUUCUUAUUGAGCUCACUGGACCCGGCAAUGCUUAAAAAAAACAUUUUCUAUAUGAUUGAGUGCAGAUUGCAUGCGUUUUCCUGCCAUGUUGCUUUGGUCAUAAGUGUUUUGUUAUCGUGUAUUUUCCCCUAGUUAUCUGUCUUGUGAUGGGUUUGUGGACCUUUUGUUGUUUAAUAAUGGCAGUUCGAGAGAUAAUGUUCCUUUC